AUGGCGUUAGAUAAAUUAGAUUUAUAUGUUAUUUUAACAUUAGUUGUUGCAGUUGCAGCUUAUUUUGCAAAGAAUCAAUUCUUAUCAAAACCUGAUAAUACAGGAUUUUUAAAUGAAUCUGGUUUAGGUGGUGGUAGUUCAAGAAAUAUUUUGGAGACACUUAAGAAAAAUGAUAAAAAUACAUUAUUAGUUUAUGGUUCUCAAACUGGUACUGCUGAAGAUUAUUGUAAUAAAUUAUCAAAAGAAUUGAGUGCUAGAUUUGGUUUAAAAACUAUGGCUGCUGAUUUUGCUGAUUAUGAUUGGGAUAAUUUUGGUGAUAUUUCUGAAGAUAUUUUAACUAUUUUUAUUUUAGCUACUUAUGGUGAAGGUGAACCAACUGAUAAUGCCUUAGAAUUUUUUGAAUGGUUAGAUAAUGAAGCUGAUACUUUAAGUACUUUAAAAUUUACUGUUUUUGGUUUAGGUAAUUCAACUUAUGAAUUUUUUAAUGCUGUUGGUAGAAAAGUUGAUCAAAAAUUAGAAGAAAAAGGUGCUGAAAGAUUUGCUGAAUAUGGUGAAGGUGAUGAUGGUAAAGGUAGUUUAGAUGAAGAUUAUUUAGCUUGGAAAGAUAAUUUAUUUGAUUCAUUAAGAAAUAAUUUAAAUUUUGAAGAAAAAGAAUUAGUUUAUGAACCAAGUGUUAAAGUUAUUGAAAGAGAUGAUUUAUCAAUUGAUGACGUUAAAGUUUCAUUAGGUGAACCAAAUAAAAAAUAUUUAACAAAUACUCAUGAUUUUACAAAAGGUCCAUUUGAUCAUUCACAUCCAUAUUUAGCAAAAAUUUCAAAAACAAAAGAGUUAUUUAAAUCUAAGGAAAGAAAUUGUGUUCAUGUUGAAUUUGAUAUUAGUGAUUCAAAUUUAAAAUAUACUACUGGUGAUCAUUUGGCAAUUUGGCCAUCAAAUUCAAAUGAAAAUAUUGAUACUUUCUUGAAGUGUUUUAAUUUAACUGAUAAAAGAGAUGUUAUAUUUGAUUUAAAAGCUUUAGAUUCAACUUAUCAAAUCCCAUUCCCAACUCCAAUUACUUAUGAAGCUUGUAUUAGACAUCAUUUAGAAAUUUCAGGUCCAAUUUCAAGACAAUUAUUUUUAUCAAUUGCUGGUUUUGCACCAAAUGAAACAACAAAGGAAAAAUUGAUUAAAGUUGGUAAUGAUAAACAAUCAUUUGCUGAAUUAGUCACCAAGAAAAAAUAUAAUAUCGCCGAUGCUUUAUUAUAUGUAAGUGAAGGUAAAGUAUGGGAUUCAGUUCCAUUUGAAUUUUUAAUUGAAAAUAUUCAACAUUUAACACCACGUUAUUAUUCAAUUUCAUCAUCAUCAUUAAGUGAAAAACAAACUAUAAAUGUUACAGCAGUUGUUGAAAUUGAAAAAGAACAAGAUGGUAGAAUUGUUUCAGGUGUUGUAACAAAUUUAUUAAAAUAUAUUGAUGUAAAUAAAAAUCAAAUUGAACAAACUUCAUCAGUUUCAGUUUCAUAUGAUUUAAAAGGUCCAAGAAAUAAAUUUUUAAAUUAUAGAUUACCUGUUCAUGUUAGAAGAUCAACUUUCAAAUUACCAUCAAGUUCGACAACACCAAUUAUAUUAGUUGGUCCAGGUACUGGUGUUGCACCAUUAAGAGGUUUCAUUAGAGAAAGAGUUCAACAAGUUAAAAAUGGUGUAAAUGUUGGUAAAUCAAUAUUAUUUUAUGGUUGUAGAAAAGAAGAUGAAGAUUAUUUAUAUAAAGAUGAAUGGUCAGAAUAUUCAAAAGUUCUUGGUGAAAAUUUUGAAAUUCAUUGUGCAUUUUCAAGACAAGAUCCAAAUAAAAAAACCUAUGUUCAACAUAAAUUAUUAGAACAAAGUAAAAAAAUUAAUGAUUUAUUAUUACAAGGUGCAAUUAUAUAUGUUUGUGGAGAUGCUUCACAAAUGGCGAGAGAUGUUCAACAAAGUUUUGCUAAAAUUAUAUCUCAAGAAAGAGACAUACCAUUGGAAAAAGCUCGUGAAUUAACAAGAUCAUUAAAAGUACAAAAUAGAUAUCAAGAAGAUGUUUGGUAG